ACGCGAGCGGUGCUAGUGUUGUUUACCGUCUUGUGUGUGUGUCUGUCUGUCUGUAUGUGCUGCUCGGGGCUUGGCUUGCCACAAAGGGGCAACGUGUCAACGUCGCGCGUUUCUGUCGCUCAUCAAAAGUGUAAACAAUGUCAUAAUCAGUGCCAAGCCCAACCCCAAAACGGCGCACAUUGAAUCUAUGGUUCGCAGUCAAAAAGUCAGCAAAUCUAAAGCAUCAUUUUCGCGCCCUAAAGCACCUCCCGUGCGUCAGAACGUCAGACCAGUUGCUUACAAACCCAACUACUACGCACAACAACAACAACAGCAGCAGUAUCGACAGCAGCAGCAACAACAACAGCAACGUCAACAGCAGCAACAACAACAGCAACGUCAACAGCAACAACAGCAGUAUCAAUUACAACAGCAACAAGAACAACAACAGCAGUAUCAAUUACAACAGCAAAAAGAACUGCAACAAAUUUUGCGAAAAGCCCAACUCGACUCGAACUUGAGCAACGAUUUGCAAGUUUUUCGCGAGGAAUUUUUGAUUUUGCGCCGACGUCAAGAGGAGCAACAGCGGCAGGAUCAAGAGCUAAAGCGUCUUCAGGUGGAACUGCAGGAAGAGCAACGACAACAAAAGCUUCUACUGCAGAAGCAACAGCAAACAAUUGAUAAAAAGAUCGCUCAGCUGCAGAAACAGCACGUACUUGACCUUAAGGCGCAGGCGCUGACUAUCGAAAAAUUGCAAGAGGAAAGUACAUUGUUGCAGCAAAAGUUGAAGAAGCAACUUGAAGAGGAAGAACUGCGGAAACAAGCAUUGCAAGAAAAGCAAAAGAGUCAGCAAGUCAAUAAAGAAACAAUAGCUGAUUCUGGCUUUUUGAUUAACGACAAGUUUCUAGAAGAGAGUUUAUUGUUGCAGGAGCAGAUAAAGGAGAAAAAACAGCAAAUCAAAGACGAAGAACUACUAAAGAAAUCAGUGCAAGAGCAGCGAGCCACUACAGCAACAAUCACUGACUUCUCUGCUUCUCUUAAGAGCAGCAAUCAAACUCUCACUCCCCCCAAAGAAUCCCCCAGCUCGACUGAGAUGAAUGGAAACGCAGCUGGAGCUGGCGGUGGAGCUGCCACCUCCCGCAAGACGCAUCUACGCCCCAUACUGGGUAACAGUGCACCACAGCGUCCGCCUGCGAUGAAGCAGCCAACGACAGACACAAUGCCAGCCGGCGGAGGCAACAAGCGACAACAGCAUCCACGGGUAGCAUACCCAGGAGCGCGUUCCACUAGCGGCGUCUCUGUCAACUAUAGACUGAAACAACAACAGACAGCGGCGAACGCUGCAGCGGCAUCAACAGGAUCAACGGCAUCGCCAGCAGCUGCACCUUUGACAAUAACACCUCCUGAUUCGCCAGAGAAUGCAUCCAGCAACAAGACAGCACAGAAGAUCCAUGUGCAGCAGCCUCUAAUGCCGCAAUGUCAGCCGAGCGUCAACUUCAAGUUUGAUCCAGCCUACGAUGCGAUCUCCUCAUUAAAUCAAUACUGCGUCGCCAUGGGAUAUGCACCGCCAGAGUAUGAGUACACCAGAGUGAUGAAAAGCAAUCUGCUGCAUUGCAAGGUGCGCAUCGGCGGUAGCAUCUAUUCAAGCUAUCCCAAGGAGCAUCCCGAUGAGGCAAAGGCCAAGCAAUGCACUUCCGAGAUGGCAAUUGAGAGACUGAAGGAGCUCGAGUCCCGCAAACACUUGUCAAUGCUGAGCGAUAGCGAGUUUCUGGACGGUCUAUUCAAAGAGUUGAUCAAGCAUCCACAUGGCAUUGUCAGCCACAAGCUGCCGGAGUGGUACGAGGCUACAGUGAAGCGUCAGGUGCCCAGUAACUGGUGGACAUUGCUGACUACUUCGCCAAAGAUUCGCAUUGAGACCAGUGUUAAUACCCACAUUGUUUUUGCAAACACCAUCAAUGCAGGAGCAGAGAUGGGACCUGGAGCAGCAAUUCCAGCGAACCAAGUGCAAAAAGUGCAGUUGAAAGCAAUGCCUGAGCUGUUGCUGCCCUGGACAGAUGGCCAGCAGGAUUGGAGCAUGUAUAUAACACACUGUGACAAUACGAUGCAUGUGUGGGCGCGUCUCAUAGAUCAGAGUGCCAAUUUUGAGAAGCUUACGGAGCAGUUGAAUGCCUAUAUGACGAUGCCACAAAAUCGACAGCCGGUGCAGAAGCAGCCCAUUGAGCAGCAGAUUUACCUGGUCGAAGUCAGCGAGAAUUGGAAUCGUGUCCGUGUCAUGGCCGUUGAUGUGGAGCAGCGACAGUGCAUCUGUCACUUUGUGGACUUUGGCGACGAGGUGAUCUUUGGCUUUGAUGUGCUCUAUAUGUGUACCUCUAUGUUUUUGGUACUGCCCCCUCAAGCUGUCUGUCUCAGUAUGUAUGCUCUGGAUAAAUUCGAGGAGCAUCCGCAUGCACUGCCUGUGCUGGCCAAGGAACUGGCCGGUCACAGUGUCGUGACCCGUAUCAUCACCAGCGAAUCGCAGUUCCACAGCUUGGGUGGUCGCACUCAGGGCGUAUUGCUGGAGCAUGAGGAAACGGAUGAGGAGGCCGGAUGCUUGCAAGCAAGCUUGCGAAGUGCCUGCAUCGUUGGCACCUUCUACGACACCUCGACGGCUGAGGAUAUUCAUCUCAACGAUUUGGUGGCCAAUCAGAUUAUACGCAAUACGCCAGCUCCAAUGCUGAAGCUUGAUCAAAAAUCGAACCAUGUGCUCGUCUCUCACGUGAACGACGUGGGCGAUCUCAUGGUGCAGAUUCCCAACGAGGAUCUCAAAUUUGUGCAGCGCAGCAUUGACAAAAUAAUGAGCGACAGCAGCGAACAACAUCGCGUCCGUUACUCGGAUCUGUUGCACGAUCAGCUUGUGUGCGUCUGCGAUGAGGCUGGCGAUGGUGGAAAGCAAUGGUAUCGCGGCAUGCUCACCACCAAACCCAAGAGUCCCGAGGAGGAGGUCUUCGAUGUGUAUUAUGUGGACGAUGGACGGCUGCGCAAGACGCACAUCUCCAAUAUCUAUCGCCUGGAGGCAAACAAUCUUGCUCUCGCCUCGUUUCCAGCUCAGGCAUUGCGCGUUCGCCUGCACGAUGUGCCGCCAAUUGAUAACCAGAUGGUGGCACGGCUUCGUGGACGACUUUCGCCAAAAACCCCAGUGCUGCUCAAGGUAAUGGAGGGCGCCAACGAUAAACUGCCAAUGGUAACGAUCCACGCUCGUGGUCAGGAUGGUUUGUACUUGUGCUUAAACAGUGCUAUUCGCAUGGAGUACGAGGUUCAGAGUACAACGCGGCUGGAACCGUUUGAUGACGGCGGCCUGCACUUUAGUCCAAGCGGUCAACUGAUCCGCCGCUGCAGCUUCAGCUCCACAUUGUCCAGCCACAGCAGCAGCAGCGAUCAGCCGACAGCUGUUGGCCUCGCCUCGCCUCCAGCCACGCCCCGCAAGGCGGCAGCCGCAGUGUUGCCUCUGCUCAAAGAAUACGAGGCCAUUCCGGCGGUUGGUGCCUAUUUUGAGGUGCGUGUCGCACUCUCUGUAAAUCCCGGUCACUUUGCGGUGCAACCUUACAAGUGCUACAAUCAGCUGCAGCGUCUGAUGAAAGAGUUGCAGGCGCAUUGCAAAAGCUCAUCAGCACAGACUGUGCUGCCCACCCAGCUGACCAUUGGACAGGCCUAUGCCGCAGCAGACAAGGAUGGCGUGUAUCAUCGCGUAAAUAUUCGCAAGAUUUACGAUGAAAUGAUACAGGUGCGUUAUGUAGAUGUGGGCGAUGAUGGCGUCGUGCGUUGCAACCAGCUGCUGCAACUAACGCCAGAGUUUCGGGAGUUGCCCAUGAUGUCGUUACCGGCCCAGCUUCAUGGAAUUCAGCUGACGGGCAUCGAUUGGACGCAGGAGAACUGUGUGCGUUUUCGAAAGCUGACGUUGGGGCAACAGUUCAUUGGCAUUGUGCGCCGCGUGGAUAAGUUGAAGGAUGAUCGGCGAGCACUCAGUCUGGAGCUAAUUGAUACCUCAACGCCACAGGACAUCAAAGUUCACGAGACACUCAUCACCGAGAAGCACGCGCUGCCAACGCCAUAAACUGGAAGAUUACGACGACUCAUUUGUUUUUUGUUUACGUUUAUUUGUUUAAAGUUAUGUGGACUACAGCUAUUAGAAACAUAUACCCAUAUUUAUGAGCCAACAUUCCGCUUAUAGUAUUUAAGAUAUAUUAUAUAUAUAUGAAUAAUGUUACUCUGUUGUAUUCAAGCAAAGCGCAACAAUAAAUUAUGAUUUUUGCUACCGAGA